CUGUCACCUGCUCUCGCCGCCGGAAAGAUAGAUCAGCGCGUUUGUCUUCAGUCUUCACCAUCGCCGCUGCAAUCAGCUUCUCUCCAUUCGUCCGCUGCUCCUCCGAAUCGAAGUCGAUCUGCCUUCGUCGUCAGUCACCAACCGCCAUCUGCCAUAGAUUCCCUGCCGCCACCGAUCUGUGUUGCGGUCAGCAAGCCACCGUGCCUCCCAUCGUCAUCACCAUCCCCGUUGAUAUGUGCUAUUGUUGUUGCCUUGUUGGGUGAUUUGAUCAGUUGGGGUACAAAAUAAGGGACGAGAAUAAAU